UGGGGGAGGGGAGCGGAGCGGGAGUCAGACUGCCGUGGUGGGCUGGGUAGUAAAACGCAAAAGGACUGACUAGUCUGCACUACAGCCCCUCUUUCCUUGCAUUUACCUCUGCAAACUUCUGAGUCGCGACUUCCAGCGCAGGAUGUGGUUCCAUAAAUUGUUGCACCAACAAAGCAGGCUCCAGAAUUUGACUAAGAGAGGAGACAUAGCUCAAGGUCUUCAUCUGUCCAACUUUAAAAAUUUAUUUUCAUUAUACAUCCAUUGGUGCCAUACAGCUUCCAAGUCUGUGAAUUGUACUUGGCACCAACAUGAAGAUCAUUUGGAACUGCAAUAUGCUAGUACUGUGAUGCGCUUUGAUUAUGUCUGGCUUCGAGACCACUGCCGCUCAGCAUCAUGCUAUAAUUCUAAGACUCACCAGCGGAGCCUGGACACUGCCAGUGUGGAUUUAUAUAUUAAGCCAAAGACAAUUCGUCUGGAUGAAACUACACUCUUUUUCACUUGGCCAGAUGGUCAUGUGACUAGAUAUGAUCUCGAUUGGCUGGUGAAAAACAGCUAUGAAGGGCAGAAACAAAAGGUUAUCCAACCUAGAAUAUUAUGGAAUGCUAAACUCUACCAUCAAGCCCAAGUUCCAUCUGUUGAUUUCCAGUGUUUUUUAGAAACAAAUGAAGGAUUGAAGAAGUUUCUGCAGAACUUUCUGCUAUAUGGAAUUGCAUUUGUAGAAAAUGUCCCUCCCACUCAAGAGCAUACAGAAAAAUUGGCAGAAAGGAUCAGCUUAAUCAGAGAAACCAUCUAUGGAAGGAUGUGGUAUUUCACUUCAGAUUUUUCUAGAGGUGACACUGCAUACACCAAGCUAGCUCUAGAUCGGCAUACUGACACUACCUACUUUCAAGAGCCCUGUGGCAUUCAAGUAUUUCAUUGUCUUAAGCAUGAAGGAACAGGUGGCAGAACACUGUUAGUGGAUGGAUUCUAUGCAGCACAACAAGUACUUCAAAAAGCGCCUGAGGAAUUUGAACUCCUCAGCAAAGUACCAUUGAAGCAUGAAUAUAUUGAAAAUGUUGGACAAUGUCACAAUCACAUGAUUGGGGUUGGGCCCAUCUUAAAUAUCUACCCAUGGAAUAAAGAGCUGUAUUUGAUCAGGUACAACAACUAUGACAGGUCUGUCAUCAACACUGUUCCUUAUGAUGUUGUCCAUCGUUGGUAUACAGCACACCGAACCCUAACAACUGAAUUGAGAAGGCCUGAGAAUGAGCUUUGGGUCAAAUUGACGCCUGGAAAGGUACUGUUUAUAGACAACUGGCGAGUACUUCAUGGCAGGGAAUCAUUCACUGGCUACCGUCAGCUCUGUGGCUGCUAUUUAACUAGAGAUGAUGUAUUGAAUACUGCUCGUCUCCUGGGUCUUCAUGCAUAAAAUUGAAAUUGCUAGGAUUAUGAAUAAACUUGGCACCCUA